CUGAACAACCACCCGUCGCCUUGACGACCGCGGCAAGAUGGCUGCGCUACGGCAAACGCAGCUAGGACAGGACCCCGGGCUGCUGAGCCCGGAGAAGCUGGAGCAGCUGCGAAACUUCAAGAUCCAGACACGAAUUGCUAAUGAAAAGUACCUGAGGACCCACAAGGAGGUGGAGUUGCUUCUAAGUGGCUUCUUCAGAGAGAUGUUCCUGAAAAGACCGGACGAUGUCCUGGAAUUUGCUGCAGACUAUUUCACAGAUCCAAGACUUCCCAACAAGAUUCACAUGCAGCUAAUUAAAGACAAGAAAGUCAUUUAAUUAGCAAAAUCGCCGUGUUCAGCUGUUGGGAGAGACCAGACGGAGCCCAGCCUCGGGGUCAUCAGGACGCACGAGAGCCCGGCUGCCGGCAGCGUGGGUUUCCAGGCUGCCUUGGGUUCAGUCUGCUGUGGCAAAGGCUUUUAAAGAUCCUCAUUAAACAUAGACCUUCCUGC